AUGAGUCACCUGUACACGUAUACGAGUAAUACGUGCUCAGCAGCUAAUGGGCCAACUUCCUGCGAAACGAGUACAGCCCUCAUUGGUUUCGAGCAUACAGGAGUUGACUACGCGGGACCAGUGUCUCUCAAAUAUUAUCAAGGACGCGGAACUCGAACCUACAAGGCCUGGAUCGUCGUCUUUAUAUGUCUCUCAACAUCUGCUGUCCACCUCGAGGCUGUCACGGAUUACAGCACCGAAGGAUUCCUCAAGGCAUUUCGCCGCUUCACUAGUCGCCGUGGGAUUUGCAAAUCACUCACUAGUGAUUGCGGUUCUAAUUUCAAGGGUGCUGACGUCACUCUUCAGCAACUUCUCAACAGCAGUGUACAAAAAUCGCAGCAUUUGCGCCAAAUUCUCGCAAAUGACGGGACCCAAUGGAUAUUCAAUCCACCUGGAGCACCACAUAUGGGUGGAAAGUGGGAAGCAGCGGUAAAAUCUGUAAAAUACCAUCUACAACGAACGAUCGCCGACACGCUUCUCACCUACGAAGACUUCUCGACGUUCCUCGCACAAGUUGAAGCCGUUCUCAACUCACGACCGCUGAGCGCUCUCACUGAGGACCCAGAUGAUCUCUCUGCCCUCACGCCUGGACACUUCAUUAGAGGUGCUCCCCUCAACACCAUUCCUGAGCCUAUACUCAACGAUGUACCGACUUCACGCCUCUCUCAUUUCCAACGGAUCCAGGAACGUUUACAAUAUUUCUGGGAACACUGGUCAGCGGAAUAUCUGCAGUCACAUCAGUCCAUUUCUAAAUGGAAAACAUCGCAUCACGACAUCAAAGAAGGAUCAUUGGUUCUCAUCUCUGAUGAGGGGUAUCCUCCGUCAAAGUGGCCGCUCGCCAGAGUUAUUCAAACGCAUCCCGGCAAAGAUGGUCUCACUCGAGUGGUAGCCCUCAAAACUUCAAAAUUGGUACUAUUGCCAGUCUCAACCACCGAGGGAGAUUCUCAGCCUCAGGUCUUAUCAAGUUAA